CUGAAUGAAGUGUGCUGUAGCAGAGUGUGGGGUGGCUGUUUCGGAUAACGCGCUGUAAUCGUUUCUUCGCGUAUGUAUUUAUUAUAAUUUAUAUUAAAGUAAUAGGAAAGCACAGUGCGAAACAUUCUUUUGUCACGGAUAAAGGAAAACAUGAGUGUAAUUUUGUGGCUGCUUCUGAUCGUUGGAAUUUUGGAGUCGUUUGCCGCAGAAUGGAACACAAAGGAUUAUAUGAAACGAGAACAUUGUCUGAACAAGCCGUAUCAAGGCACAGGUAUGACAAUACCUUAUUGGGACUUUAUGGGAAGUACAAUGGUAACUAAUAAUUAUAUCAGGAUAACACCUGAUUUACAAAGUAAACAAGGUGCCUUAUGGAAUUCUAUACCAUGUCACGUACGAAACUGGGAAUUACAAGUUGAGUUUAAAGUACAUGGAAAGGGAAAGGACUUAUUUGGAGAUGGUUUUGCAAUUUGGUAUACCAAGGAAAGAAUGAAACCAGGUCCAGUAUUUGGAAAUCAAGACUAUUUUCAAGGAUUAGCAGUAAUACUUGACACAUACAGCAAUCAUAACGGUGCACAUAGUCAUCAACAUCCUUAUAUCUCAGCAAUGGUCAAUAAUGGAUCUCUACAUUAUGAUCAUGAUCGUGAUGGCACGCACACACAACUUGCAGGAUGUGAAGCAAAGUUUAGAAAUGUAGAACAUCCUACAUAUAUAGCUAUAAGAUACGAGAAAGAUACCUUAACUGUUUCAACAGAUAUUGCCAAUAAACUAGGAUGGAAACAAUGCUUUCAAGUGAAUGAAGUUAAACUUCCAACAGGAUAUUAUAUUGGAAUCUCUGCAACCACUGGUGAUUUGUCUGACAAUCAUGAUAUACUGUCAAUUCGUUUGUUUGAAUUAGAUCAACCAGAUGAUCCUAAAGACCAAGAAGACAGAUCUCAAAUUGUGCCAUCAGCAGCAUUCUAUGAUGCACCAAGAGAACAUGUGGAAGAUGCAAAACAAUCUGGCAUGAGUGGCAUAAAACUUUUUCUAAUCAUGUUAAUUAGUGCACUUGUAUUAAUAGCUUGUCUUGUCAUUGCCAUUAUGUUAUAUCAGAAACACCAGGAAAAUAAUAGAAAGCGGUUUUAUUAAGUCAAUUUUCUUUUAAGGAUGGCAUGUAUGUCUUGAACAUUGUAAUUUACCUAUUUCUCUUUUAUCCGAAAUCCUUUGUACAUAAGAUGUAUAGAUUAUAAAAAGCUCACAAGACUGUUUUCUCUCUCUCUCUCUUUUUUUUUUUUUUUUCCAAAUAGUAGAAAUCUAGCAUAAAUUUAUUACAUAAAUGUUUGUUGCAAGAGUAAAAGUCUUCGGAGUAAAGGAGAAAUGUGUAUCUAUGCAAAUAUUCUAACAAUUCAAACAUUUACAGAAUGUUGUCUCAGAAUUUGUAGAUUAAAUUGAUUGUCAAUUGUUAUUAAUUGGAUUUUAAUAUAUGCUAAUUUAAUUUUAUAAUAUUUACCUAAAAAUAUGUAUUUAUUAUAUAGUUCUUAUAAACCAAAGUUAUUUCUCACAACAUGCCACAAGGAAUUUGACAAAACAAUUUCUUAUAUACUUGAUUUGUAAAAAAGAUAUAUUGGAAAGAGAUAAUAAUUAACUUAAAUGUAUCAUAUGUGUAUAUUGUUAAUUAUAUUAGAAAGAUCUUGGAAAAACUCAUGCACUUUAAUUUUAAAACCUUUACCGCAAUAUAUCUUUUUUCUGAAACUUUUGCCAAAUCGGAAUGUAAAUUGAUUCUACAAUUCGAUGAUUUUUUAAAUGUUUAAGGAAAUACAUCACAAAUAAAAAUAAUAUUUCCUCAGGAAAACGAAAAAAUUAUUUUAUCUGAUCUCUCUGUAGUUUGCUUUUCUCUUUUUUUUUAUUAGGUAAUUAUUUGCAAAUACAGAUUAAAUAUAGUGAAAAAGACUUUAUUAAUAUAGAUUUUGUAUCUGUACAUAAGGGAAAUUAAUAUUAUACCCGAAGCUCCCAUAUUGCAUAAAGUUUGGGCUAACAACUUUUUGCAGAUUAUAUGUAUCUACAAUUUUAAACAGACUAUAUUGAUCAUACAAAUUAUGUAAUGUUAGAAUGGACCUAACAUUGCAUGAAAGUACAAUGUGAAGAAAGUGCAGUAUGGUGGAUUCUUUAAUGUAUUUCGAUAUAUAAAAUGAAUGAAUAAUAUAAAAUUCUUUUAUAUGGAAAUUAAGAAAGAGAGAACCAAACCAUUUAAUAAGCGAUUGUCUUGUUAUCGAUAUGAUGUUAUCAUUCGAAACAAUAAUGUAUAUCAUUAUUUGUUGCCAAAUACAAAAUAAAUAUGUCUAUAAUUAUAAA